AAUCAACCCGCCUAAAGGCAUAAAUUAUGUAUAACAAAAAUAGUACUGAAGCGUGCUAUUAUAAAAAGCUCGACAAACACAAAGCUCGUUCACUGUCACACGCAUUAACUUUAGGAAUCAAAAAAUGACUUAAGCUAUGAUUACUACAAGCUUGUAAGCCAACUAUAGGACUGAAAAUCAGGAGUUCUAGAUUUGUGGAAUUGAGAAAUUGUAGGACGGAUUUGAAUUGGGCAUCUGUAAGCGGUUGUGUCGCAGCAGUGAACCCGAGAUUCCAGUUGAUGACACCUGCUAGCGAGAGAUUGUUUGUGUUUUCGUUCAUUUUGCGUCCGUGCGUUGGAGUAGUGGAACUCUUUAUUACUCGGCCACAGAACUUCAGGAGACUAGAAAAUACCCAAGAAUAAUAUUAUAAUCAUCGUCAAACGGAGGGCUUGCUUCAAAGUUCUUAUCCACCAAGAAGGCAAUGCUGCUAGAACAUGGUGACUGCUCGUCAUGAAGGAGUGGCAAGAAUAGACUUGCGUUCAAUAAUCUUACUCCAACAAGCUUGUAAGGAUGGAAACAUCCAGGUCUUGAAAAAAAUUGGUAACAAGCUCUCGAAUAUUGAUCUCAAAGCAAAUGGCAUGGCCUUAAUACAUAUCGCAUCAAGACACGGAAACAUCGAUACAGUCAGAUAUCUGAUCUCGCUGGGUGCUAAUGUUAAUACUGUUGAUGAUGAUGGACUUACACCCUUGCAUUGGGCAAGUAAAGGCGCCCAUACAGAAGUUAUGGAAUUACUUCUUAGAGCUGGAGCAAACUGCAACGCUCGAUCCAAGAAUGGCACAAUGCCCGUUCACUUAGCUGCAAAGAGCGGUAGCGAUAAAGCUGUGCAUAUACUGAUUACUAAUGGCGCUGACGGCAACGCAGUCGACAAAGAAGGGCGUAACCCACUCUACCUAGCGAGCGAAGCAGGACAUGUGUCUGUCAUUGAUAUUCUAAUUCACUAUGGUUUCCAGCAACACUUACCGCUUACGGAUGGAAAUACUCCAGUCCACAAAGCUGCCAUGAACGGACACUUGGGAGCCGUUGACUUUCUAAUUAAACAGGGAGCUGAUAAAAACGCUGUUGACAAAGAUGGAUGGAACCCACUCCACUCUGCCUGCCAAAAAGGCCAUAUCGGUGUUAUAGAGACGCUUCUUUCUAAUGGCAUAAAAGCUGAUUCACGAAUUAACGGAGGAUGUACACCCGUAAUGAUUGCGGGCUGCCAUGGCUACCCUGAGGCAGUCGACUUUCUUGCCAACAAAGGCGCAAAUGUUCGAUCUGCAGAUGAAUUUGGAUGGACAGCUUUGCAUUUUGCAAGUCUAGGUGGCCAUAUUCCUAUAAUUCGCUUGCUUUUAAAACUCGACGCGGACAUUAAUAGGCAAACAAGGCAGGGUUCAACUGCGCUACAAAUCGCGGCCCGGUACGGACACCACGAGGUAAUCUACUAUCUGCUAAGGAAAGGCGCAGAUGUGCAUGCUACUGAUAAAGAAGGAUGGACAGUCCUUCAUUACGCAAGCCAAGGCGGAAAACUGUUAACUAAAGCCUUAGAAGUCAUAGUUCAAAAAGGUGUCGAUUUAAAUGCUCCUUCAAAUUCAGGCAUAACUCCUUUACAUAUAGCAUCAAGGCACGGGCAUCAGGAAAUUUUAGAAUUUUUAUUGGAAAACGGGGCUGACUUCCAAAUUGAAGACAAAGAAGGCUGGAAUGCCUUUCACCAUGCGUGCAAGGGUGGACACACAGACGUUAUCGAGACGCUUUUUCACAAAGGUCUAGAUAUUAACACACGUACUAAAUGCGGCCUGACACCUGUGUGUAUUGCGGCUCUACGUGGUCAUCGUGAGGUGCUGGAGUUUCUUCUUCCUCGUGGUGGUGAUCUUCAUGUUGCAGACAACAAUAGCAUGACAGCUCUACACUAUGCUAGCAAGAGUGGAGAAAUAGGUGUGAUAAAGAUGCUCCUUGAACAUGGUAUGGAUAUAAAUGCUCAAACAGAGAAAUUUGUUUCGCCUCUGCAUAGUGCGGCUGGUGCUGGGCAACUGGAGGCAGUAAAGUACCUCAUUGAUCAGGGAGGGGAUUUCGCCCUGAUGGAUGAAAAUGGAUGGAGUACUCUACAUUUUGCAAGUCAGGCAGGCCAUUUAUCUGUAAUAAGUGAGCUUAUUGACCAUGAGGCUGACCCAAACUGCCGAACAUUCGAAGGUUUUACACCUUUACACCUAGCGAUACAGAAUAAUAAGCUAAAUGCUAUAAGAAUGUUGCUUUCUAAAGGUGCUGAUGAGUACGAGACGACACAAGCAGGUCUCAAUUCACUACAUAUUGCCUGUGAAUACGGCUUUGUUUCAAUAAUAGAGUUACUUCUUGAGCUUGGAGUGAACGUGAAUAGCACCACAACUAAAGGCUCUACUGCAUUACACAUUGUAGCAAGUCGUGGUCACGUUGCAGCUGUUGCACCGUUGUUGUCACGCAAUGCUGAUUUGCGAAUGGAAGAUUCGAACAACUGGACGCCACUUCAUAUAGCUUGCAUCGAAGGCCAUCUAGAAGUCGUUAAAGCUUUGCUGCAGCACGGCUUGGAGCCAGAUAUAAAAAACACAAAGAGUAUAACUCCACUGCACUGCGCAUCACAACAUGGCCACCCUGAAAUCAUCGACUUCCUUCUUACUAAAGGCGUGGAUAUGAACGCCACAGACGAUGCAGGCUGGAAUGCGUUACACUUUGCUAGCAGCGAGGGCAAAAUUGAUGUCGUUAAGAGCUUGAUUAAACUUGGCGCUCAACCAGAUUGCCCAACAUAUGACGGCGUAGCACCUAUACACAUAGCCUCUAAGAAUCGUCACUCUGAGGUAAUUGACUUUUUAAUAGAGCAAGGUGCAGACAAGCAUAUUGUAGACAAAAAGGGAUGGAACGCGCUGCAUUAUCUUGCUAAAGAUGGGAGCGUCAAAGAAGCAGAGGUACUCUUGAACCAUGGUGUUGAUAUUAUCGUCAAGAGAACAUACGAUGGUGAUACGGCUCUUGCAAUUGCCGAGAAGGAAGGCAACAACGCGAUGCAGCAGUACCUACAUGGAUUUAUGUUUAAGCAUUUUGGAAUAACUGGAGAUGAAGCAGAUGGUGCAAAACAAGGUGCUUAUUGCGUAAUUUUAUGAAAUAAGUCCAUAAACUCUGGAGAAUAAUUCAGAUUGAUUUGAGUGCGCUUCCUGAAUGUGAAAGCUGUUUAUAGAUCCGAGUUAAAACUAAAUGUGUCGGCGUGCAUCUGAACAAAUUCUUUGCAAAUGAUUGGCAUAGCGGCAGAUUAAAAUUAUGACUAGAAUUCCAAAACAUUGUUCUAAUGCAAAGAGCUCAUCAUAUCCGAAAGCUGCAUCAAACAAGGAAACAAAAGCAAAAUAUAGAUAAUCAGAUGAAAUGCCUUACUUAACCUGAAUAAAAGCUAGUGAUAUCUCUAAAAGAUACUGGACACUGAAUUCAAAAGCCAUGGYUUUACAGAUGCGAAAAACACAGACAAGCUCUAACAGCCAACUAACAGCCAUAUGACUUGAAAAGGAUAAACCAAGCCAGACAAAGAGAAAUAUAAUACAGCAAAGAAAAUUCCAUUAGUGAGUGGAGAUAACGUGGUUAUCUCGGUCCUUGUUAUUUCCAUUAUAAUUAUAAAGAUUUUUUCGUUUCUUUGGUUGUUUUUUUUUUCCUUUUCCUUUUUAUUUUCUUGACUAGGUAGUUUGUGAUUUGUCGCGAAGAUAUACUCAAUUACAAAAUUAUUACCGGGUUCAAAACUUUAAAAAAAAGAAGCUGAGUCCGAAAGGUAUUCUGGGAAAUGACCAAAAUUUCCUCCCGAUGUAUUUAUUUGAAGAGUAAAGAGUCGAUAUGGAACAUGUGUUAAAAGUGCAAAAAUGUGUGAACAUUCCACGCGUUGUAUCAAUAGAUAUCUCUAAUUAACGUAUUGCCCAUGUACUGUUUUAGGAGCAGGCGUAGCUCAGUUGGUUAGUGCGCAGCCAUCAGAGCUAGAGGUCCAAAGUUCGAUCCUCAGGAACUCCACGUCGGUUUCGACUUCUCUCUGUUCUGUGUAGCUUUGAUUAGCUUUAAAUACCCGUAAAAAGGAGCACUGAUAGUUAGAGGGGGUAGAGGUCGCACCUUCGAGCGCAUUAAACAUGAGCCCUUGGCUCUGGAGAAUUGGGCAACAACUCCCCGCGUCAUCGAAGUAAAAUAAAUCACCUUUACCUUUCACCUUCUUUUUUACCAUUUCGGUCUCAGUUCUAUGUUUUGAAACAGGAAAUGAUUUUGAUAUUGAUGAUAUGGAACAUGUUAAUAUAUCAAAGAGAAUAGGAUAUUUUUUCUUUUAAAAAUAUUUAUCUUAUUUUUAGUUCUAUAGUCUUUUUGUUCUUAAUAUAUUUCGAACAGAAAAUCCUUUCCUAACAAGAGGAUUAUCAUGGGAUUAUCAAAGAAUGACAUGCAAUUCCCUACGUUAUGAUACGCGACUAAUAAGCUUAAGGUUUCAAGGUUUAAAAAUGUUUUCUUGGUUUUAGACGGAGCUUUGCUCUCAAAUACGUUAAGAAUGAGGUUUAGGAGCUACCAAAAUCUCUUCUUAUUUUUGUAUUAAAUUAUGCUUUUCCCUGAAAAUCUCGAGAAAUUUGAGAGUUAGAUGAGAAAUAUUCCAGAGGUCAAGUUUGUUCAAAAAGAGAAUGAAGAAGUUUGGUUUCUUGAACAGUUUGGCGCAUGGGCGUAAGUUUUGAGUCCAGUCCCAAAUGGUUCAAUACAAUGCAAAACCGAUAAAAACGCGGAUAUGUAAUAACUUUGACAGUUCUUUUAAGAGCUGCGACUUUAAUUCAAUCAACAUAGAAUAUGAUAUGCGUAAAUUUAAAAAAAUGCUUUUAAAACAUUAUUGAAAACUACAUUUGUUACGGGAUUUAGUGAAGUGAAGUGAAGUGAAGAAAUUAUUCUUACAAGCAUAAAAAAAUCGUUUAUAAAAUGCUAUUGGUUUAUAAAUUACUUUGAUACUCCUUCAAAUAUUUCUUCUAAAUUCAAAUUUAUUUCUUAUUAGUUUUGUAUUAUAUAAUUAUUGCAAUUUGAUAACUAUUAGUCUAGAACUAAACGGAGCGCGAGUUAAUAGUAAACAUCACUAAUAAAGAGAUUUAACACCGACAAGGUCUGGAAAAUGGACCAUAUAUCCUAGAAGACGCACCGUUGGUAUUGUUGUAUGCGUUGUAUCGACAAAUACUUGAUUCAAAAGCUUUGCUUGAAAUAUAAGUGAGGUGCAUCUCUUCAAUGGGAUUAUAAACACAGAGAGGCCACACUGCUUGUUGGCAUAACAAAAGAACUAACGUGCUGGCUAAUGACGUCACACAAAGUUUAAAAAAUUAUGGAACAUUGAAACUUUAAAGUUCAAGAUUAUCCUAACGUUACCUAACCUUACCCUAAAGCUAACCUUACCUUACCCUAGACCUAACCUAACCUAAUCUUACUCUAGACCUAACCUAACCUAACCUUACCCUAGACCUAACCUAACCUAACCUAACCUAACCUAACCUAACCUAACCUUACCUUACCUUACCCUAGACCUAACCUAACCUUACCCUAGACCUAACCUAACCUAAUCUUACUCUAGGCCUAACCUAACCUUACCUUACCCUAUCCCUUGGGAAUCUGCAUCCGCCAGCAGUUUUGCAUCGUGUGUUUUUUUGCCAAUAUUAGUUGAUGUAAUACAUUCUUAGAUGACAUUAGAUUUAUUGAAAUUUUUUACGCUCUAGCAAUCUAACAUUGUGUUUGAAACAAUAAAACAGCUAUUACCUCAUUA